AUGUCAAUUAUUAAUUCGUCGGAAGAUUAUAUUUCGGCACGAGAUGCCAAUGGCCAUGGAUCCCACACGGCCUCUAUUGCUGCAGGCCGACGAGUCAAGUAUGCUUCUGGCAUCGGAGGGGCUGCAAGGGGUACAGCCUCCGGAGGUGCUCCUUUGGCACGCAUUGCCAUUUGCAAGGCCUGUUGGGCAAUCCCUGGUAAGCCAAAAUCUGAAGGGAACGCAUGCACACCGGAGGAUAUCCUAGCGGCCUUUGACGCAGCCAUAGGUGAUGGUGUCGACGUACUUAGCGUCUCCAUCGGCCUCCCCCAACAUAAUUCUUUCGACCAAGAUGUCAUAGCUAUCGGAUCGUUGCAUGCUUUAAGUCGCAACAUAGUCACCGUAUGCGGUGCCGGGAACAAUGGUCCUAAUCCGUCAACUUUGUCUAAUGUAGCGCCAUGGAUAAUAAUCGGAUAUAGUAUGUCACAAAACACAAUGAAUGUCAUGUAUCCAUUAGUUUACGCAAGCGCUGUAGCUCUCCCUGGUGUGUCUACAGACUCUGCAGGGUAUUGUCUAGCAGGUUCACUUGACCCUUCCAAGGUGAAUGGGAAGAUUGUGCUUUGUUUCUCAGGAAGUGGAGUAAAUAUAGAUAAAGGCAUUGAAGUGAGUAAAGCCGGCGGCGUCGCUAUGAUAUUAGCUCAUCCCGAGUCUGAUCAAACUAAACUAUUUUAUGAUGUUCAUUUUGUUCCCGCAACUGAAGAUAUGUAUGACGGCGCAAUUCAAAUUCUCCAAUACAUUUAUUCCACAAUGUAUCCAACUGCAACUAUCAUGCCGCCUGAUAUUACCGCUCCAGGAUUGUAUAUUCUGGAAGCAUGGAGUCUGGUAUCGUCUCCUACAAAGCUUCCAUCUGAUCAAAGUGUAAAGUCAAACAAAGGGGGUAGGGGCUGA